GUCGACAGCAACCCCUGUGUCGUCGCUUUCAAACAGGAAGUGCAGAAGGUGAAAAACCUGCUCCCCGUCGUUCUCGCCCUGCGCAAUCCAAAUUUGAAAAAGCGCCACUGGGAGCAAAUCCAGCAGAUUUUUGUCCAAAACAAAUUGGACGUUGGAACAAGUACCGCGGGACCACCGCAAGGAUCCGGCCCUCCUGGAACUACCGCAGGCACAGCAGCAGCUGUCGCCGCAGCCGCAGCGGCUGCUGCCCCCUCAACCCUGGAGUUGCAACAACACGACAGUGCUGUAGCCGCGGCUGGCGGUUCCAGCACGGCCGCCUUCAACACGACGGCCUCUUCCAGCUAUCACGACUCCGCGAGUUCUUUUUUGGCCUCCCUCAGCCUCCAGCACGCACUGGACAAGAGGAUGGAUGAACAGCUGGAGCCUCUCUCCGAGAUCAGCAACCGUGCGACGCAGGAGGCGGAACUGGAGCAGUUGUUUGCGAAGAUCAAGGAGCUGUGGCUGUACCAGAAGGAGCUGCCGUUUCUCCCCUACAAGGACAGCAAAGAAGUCUACAUUCUGAACGACUUGGCGGAGGACGUGAUCCCGAGUUUAGAGGACAGCUUGGUGCAGAUCAGCACCAUUCUUUCCUCGCGGUACCUGUACCCCACGCUGAAGGAGGAGGUGGAACGGUGGCAGACCGACCUGAACAUUCUCUUCGACUGCCUGGAGGAGUGGCAGUUCCUGCAGAAGAAUUGGAUGUACCUGGAGUCGAUUUUCCACGCGGUGGACAUAAAGAAGCAGCUCCCGACGGAGAACGCGAAAUUCGCGGAAAUCGACACGCACUGGAAGAUGAUCAUGCGCGAGUGCUCCGAGGGGAACAACCUCGCGUACCACGCCUGCGGCUUGCAGCUGCUGCAGCACGGAGGAGCAGGCGGUGCUGGUGGACCCGGCGGGAAGGAACAUAGUAUCGGAGCUGGUGUUGUAGGUGUUGCGCCAGCAGCAGCUUCGUCUCCCGGUACCGGACCUACAGCACCGGUUGGUGGGCCACCGUCUGCCGAACAGAUGGGAACAACUACAACUGGAGGAGGCCAACAACACCAGCACCAACAGCAGCACAGCAACGCCGCCCGGUUGGAGCUUUUCCGGAAGUGGAAUACGACGCUGGAUACGAUCCAGAAAUCCCUCGAAGACUACCUGCAGUCGAAAAGACUCUCCUUUCCCCGGUUCUUCUUUCUCUCCAACGACGAGCUGCUGGAAAUAUUGGCGCAGGCCCGGAAGAUUGAGGCGGUGCGGCCGCACUUACGGAAGUGCUUUGAUGGCCUGUACACGCUCAAAUUUGCGAAUGUCGACCGAAACAGCGCGGAGAUUCUGGGCAUGGAGUCGGAGGAGAAGGAAGAAGUUUACUUCUACCGCACGUUGAAAGCGAGGAGCGGGAAUGUGGAAAGGUGGUUAAACGAGGUGGAGGAAACCAUGACAAAGUCUAUUUGGACCCUGGUGAGGAGAGGACUGCGGGACUACUUUGCGAAUAUCAUCGGCAACGGUGUUUUUUACAGCCACCCCGGAACAACUGCCGCUAGUAACUCGGUUUACAACCCAGCGCCCUGGCAGAACUUUUUCGACCAGGACGACGUGCGGUCGCACAGCAAGCAGCGACACGGGUCGAAAGCAGGGUCGACCGGCGGGCGGGGCGUGAGCGUGUCCGGCGAUGGUGAUAGCCCUGCUUCGGACCAAGCGACCGCGGCCAUGGUGCGGAGCAAGCUCGCCACGACCGACGCGAUACUGUCGGAGUUGGAGGGAAAGCAGCGGCUGCUGUCGACCUCAAGGAGUGCUGUGAAGAGCGGCCGUGGGAAUAAUGCCAUGAUCGAGGAUCAGCACGGCUUGAGGGCCGAACACAGCAGACUGGCGCUGCUCACCGAGCAAAUCCGCGAAUCGAAAAAGCGGAGCUACUACACCAGAGCGCGCUUCGUUUUGGAAAAGCACAUGCAGGUGGUCAUGACAGUUGACGCGAUUCUGUGGUGCAAAAUUACCGAAGAGUGUUUUUCCAACACUGCGAGAACAAACGCUAGUUCGUCCGCCGCAAGUGCAACAUCCACAAACAAGACGUCCGACUCCCCAAGUGCUUCUCCGAGAACAGCGGCGCAGGCUGCCCUUUCUUCGGAGCUGCAGCAGCAAAACGCGAUCAGUAUCACGCUUCUGUCCAAGUGGUUUCAGAUCCAAAUGCAGCAGCUGAAGGAGCUGACCGAUCUUCUGAAGACUUUUCCAAAUUUGACGAGGCUCCAGAGACUCUCCAUCGUCGCGCUGAUUACGCAGGACGUGCAUUACCGGGACAUCACGGAGAAUUUAGCUCAGGAAAAAAUCACCAGUGCAAAAUCUUUCAAGUGGCAACAGCAGCUGCGGUUUUACUACGAUAACUUCGUCGAGACAAGUAACAGCGCUGGCGAACAAUCGAACUUGAACAGCAAGCAGCACCAACCAACGGGCGGCGCGGGCACCGGCUCUGCUUCCGUGGACCCGAACCUGAACGAAGUUUUGGUCAGACAGGUUGACGCCGUGGUGAAGUAUGGCUACGAGUACACGGGGAACACGACCCGGUUGGUGAUCACCCCCCUGACCGACCGUUGCUUUCUCACCAUCACCGGCGCCCUUCACUUGAAACUUGGCGCGAACCCGAGCGGGCCGGCGGGGACCGGGAAGACGGAAAGUACCAAAGACCUCGCGAAGCAGCUCGCCCGGCACUGCGUGGUGUUCAACUGCUCCGAGCAGAUCGACUACAAGAUGAUGGCAAAAUUGUACUCGGGCGUGGUGAGUUGCGGGUCGUGGACGUGUUUGGACGAGUUUAACCGCAUUUCCAUCGAAGUCUUGUCCGUGAUCGCGCAGCAGCUGACCGCGAUCCGGCAGGCGCUGUUGCAAUGUUUGUCUGAGUUCUUCUUCGAGGGCAACGUGCUGCUGAAGUUGAAGCCGACGUGCCUCGUUUGCAUCACGAUGAACCCGGGGUACGCGGGGAGGACGGAGCUCCCCGAUAACUUGAAAAUUCUCUUUCGCCCGAUAAGCAUGAUGGUCCCCGACUUCACCUUGAUCGCGGAGGUGAUGCUGUUCGCGGAGGGAUUUGCGACGGCGCGGAAAUUGUCGAAAAAGUUCACCUACCUGUUCAAGCUCUGCAGCGAGCAGCUGUCGCAGCAGGACCACUACGACUUCGGGAUGCGGGCGGUGAAGUCGGUGUUGCUUAUGGCAGGGAACCUGCUAAAAAAACACAUGAGUGAGGUUCUUGCGGGAGAGAGUAUGGACGACGAGAAUCUUGAUCCCUUGCACAGAGCAGAUCCAGGCACGACGAACUACAGAGGGGUUUAUCAUCAACCUGCUGCAGCACCCAGUAUGCGUUCGCAGUCGCCGCACCACGAGGAAACGGAGGAGGAGCUGGAGCACCGGCUGUUAUUGGCUGCGAUGCGGGACGCGAACGUGCCAAAAUUUGUCGCGGAUGACGUUCCGCUGUUCAGUGACAUCGUGCAAGAUCUGUUUCCGUCGAACGCGCAAAAGGGAGAUGGUGGCUCUUUAGCGGAAGGAGGUUCUAGCGACCUCCUAAAAGCGGGAAUCGAAGAAGUGUUGCGCGGAACCACAAUAAACACAGCAAUAAAGGGCUCCUACCACGAUGCGACCACAGGCGACAACUUAUUUUCAUCUUCACCUGGCCUCACACCCGUCCCUGCGCAAAUCUCGAAGAUCGUGCAACUGUUCGAGACGUUGCAGCUGCGGAUCGGUGUUUCACUUGUCGGCCAGACGCUGAGCGGCAAGACCGUGUGCUACGAGACUUUGGCGAAAAGUUUGACGUUGCUGCGUGAUCAGUUUCUCGUGGAGCAGCAACAUGCUUUCCACGGAGAAGGACGGAAAAGCAGCGCAGGAAGGGCCGGCGCGGGGAUGAUGGGCAGCAACCGGGGCGGCUCCAAGCGGAAAAGCAUGUUUCAUCAAGGGGGAACAAGCAGUGGGGCACAUCACAAAGACUUCGUCGAUGACGAUGCCGACUUUCUGGACUUCGACGAAGAGGACACGUCGGUCAGCAUAAAUAGCGGCACGGCGCGCACCGCGAGCAAGUCGCGUACCCGGCGUGCCAGUUUGUUUUCCGGAGCUGUGAAGGAGGUGGUGGCAGAAAGUCAUCAGAGGCGGAACAGCAAGACUGGAGAAACCAGAAGGAGAAGCAUGAGCAAAGAGGGCGGCGGCGCAAUUAUUUCCACCUUUGACCAACGCCGGGGAAGUCGCGGUCUCGCGCGGAACCUCCGAGCUGGCAGUGUAUCUAGCUCUAAGCAGCGGCUGAGGAUGUUUACUUCUAGUGUCCAGAAGUACGUGCAGAAAGAGAUUAAAACGCAUGUUCUGAAUCCAAAGUGCAUCAGCAUGGGCGAGCUGUACGGCGAAUUCUCCGAGCUCACGCAGGAGUGGCAGGACGGGCUAGGGAGCAGCCUCAUCCGAAUGACGACGAUUGGUGGAGCUGGU